AUGCAAUUUGAAAAGGAACUUCUAGUGGCUACGGAAGCCGUGCGUAAGGCUUCUUACUUGACUAAAACAAUCCAAAAGGAAGUUAUUUCUCAUACAGAAGAUACUAUUACAAAAUCGGAUGAAUCUCCGGUAACCAUCGGUGACUAUGCUGCUCAAACUAUUAUUAUUAAUGCAAUCAAGGCUAAUUUUCCUAACGAUCACAUUGUAGGUGAGGAGUCUGCCGAUGGUUUAUCUGAUGAAUUUUUAUCCAAGAUUUUGACUGAAAUUAACAAUAUGACCGAAGUUUAUAAGGAUUCUACGAUUGAUUUCGUCAAUGAAACAUAUCCAUUGCGUACUGUGGAUGACGUGCGUCAAAUCAUUAAUUAUGGUAAUUAUGAAGGUGGAAGAAAAGGAAGAUUUUGGUGUCUUGAUCCAAUUGAUGGUACUAAGGGAUUUCUCCGUGGCCAACAGUUUGCUGUUUGCUUGGGAUUAAUCGUGGAUGGUGUCACACAAGUAGGAUGUAUAGGUUGCCCAAAUUUGAAACUUGAUGACUUUGGAUAUGCUGGGCUACCUCGCUCUCAGGACUUUGGAUAUUUAUUCAGGGCUGUCAGGGGUUCUGGCUCAUUUUAUAACACCUGCUCUCUUCAAGCCAAGAAUGAUUGGACCCAAAUUCGUGUGAGACAUUUAAAGAAUACUGAAGAGAUGAUAUCAUUAGAAGGUGUCGAAAAGACCCAUUCUUCACACGAUGAGCAAUCUCAAAUAAAACACAAGCUGGGAAUUACCAAGACCGUCAAUUUGGAUUCUCAAGUUAAAUACUGUUUAUUAGCAUUAGGUGUUGCAGAUAUAUAUUUGCGUUUACCGAUUAAGUUGAGUUUUGAGGAAAAGAUUUGGGAUCACGCAGCUGGAAAUGUAAUUGUCCAUGAAGCUGGUGGAUUCCACACAGAUUCCAUCCAAAACCUCCCAUUAGACUUCGGUAAUGGCAGAGUUCUGGCCACUAAGGGCGUCAUCGCAUCUAGCGGACCAAAAGAACUACACGAUCUGGUCGUUACAACCUCCAGUGGUAUUAUCAAAUCAAGAAGUGACUUUUCUUUAUAG